AUGGAAAGAGGAAGCCUGUUCAUCUCCACCGAGCAACGGGCUCGGGGGCUCGGCCACGGACCCGUUCCUCGCGUCCGCCGCGUCGUCCCCGCCGGCGCCGGGCCUCGUCAUAUUCUGCAGCUCGACGUCGCCUUCUACCUCGGUCCUCUCGGCGGGGAUCCUAAUGCCGACCCAUCGCCUCGCCCGGCCGGGGCGGGAGGGGACGACGUGGUCAUCGGGACCGGCCUCGAGAUCCGUCGCCGUCCGGGGCUGGCCGGGCACCGCGAGGGUUCUCGUGCGGCCGGUGGCGGUCGGGGCGAGUCUGCUACUGUUGUCUGGGCGGCGGAGGUGGGCUUCGGCGAAGCGGCGGAAGGCUCGGCGGCGGCGGAUCUGGACAAUGGUGGCGCAUAUGGCGAUGAGGAGGAAGAGGAUGAGGGGGUGAUGAUCCAGGUGUAG